GUAAUUUUCCCCGCUCCAUUCCCAGGCAUCGCUUUGCUUUCCUUCCAGGGAAGAUCAUUCUGCUUGUGAUCCUGCUGAGGAAAGAAACUCCGAUGGACUUACACCGGGCAGCAUUCAAGAUGGAGAACUCACCCUAUCUCCCCAACCCGCUGGCCUCCCCAGCACUGAUGGUUCUCGCCUCCACCGCUGAAGCCAGCCGUGAUGCUUCCAUUCCCUGCCAGCAGCCGAGGCCUUUUGGGGUCCCAGUGUCAGCAGAUAAGGACGUGCAUAUUCCCUUUACCAAUGGCUCAUAUACUUUUGCCUCCAUGUACCAUCGGCAAGGUGGGGUGCCAGGAGCAUUUGCAAACCGUGACUUUCCUCCAUCCUUGCUUCAUCUCCAUCCCCAGUUUGCACCCCCCAACCUGGACUGCACCCCGAUCAGUAUGUUGAACCACAGCGGCGUUGGGGCUUUCCGCCCCUUUGCAUCUACUGAAGACCGGGAGAGCUACCAGUCAGCCUUUACUCCGGCCAAGCGCCUGAAAAACUGCCAUGACACUGACUCGCCCCAUCUGCGCUUCUCGGACGCUGAUGGGAAGGAGUACGAGUUUGGCACGCAGCUCCCCUCCAGCUCCCCCGGCUCCCUCAAAGUUGAUGAUACGGGGAAGAAGAUCUUUGCUGUUUCUGGCCUCAUUUCUGACCGGGAGACCUCAUCCAGUCCCGAAGACCGAAGUGACAGAUGCAAAAAGAAAGCAACUUUGUUUGACAGCCAAGCUCCGAUCUGCCCCAUCUGCCAGGUCCUACUUCGCCCUGGGGAGUUGCAGGAGCACAUGGAGCAGGAGCUGGAGAAGCUCACCCAGCUGAACAUCAGCAAGAGCUCCAUCCUGAAGGAUGCCAUGGCAGCGGGCACCCCGAAGUCAAUUUUGUUGUCAGCCUCAAUCAAGCGGGAAGGAGAUUCUCCGACAGCAUCACCCCACUCCUCAGAUGACAUCCAUCACUCGGACAGAUACCAGACCUUCCUGCGGGUGCGAGCGAACCGGCAGACCCGGCUGAACGCUCGGAUUGGAAAAAUGAAACGGAGGAAGCAAGACGAAGGGCAGAGAGAAGGUUCAUGCAUGACUGAAGAUGACUCUGUGGACAUCGAGAACGAGAAUGGCAACCGCUUUGAAGAGUACGAAUGGUGCGGGCAGAAGAGGAUACGGGCUACUACUCUCCUGGAGGGAGGAUUUCGAGGUUCUGGGUUUAUCAUGUGCAGUGGCAAGGAGAAUCCAGACAGUGACGCUGACCUGGAUGUGGACGGAGACGACACACUUGAAUACGGGAAACCACAGUACACAGAGGCAGACGUUAUCCCUUGCACUGGGGAAGAGCCAGGUGAAGCCAAAGAGAGGGAGGCGCUCCGAGGUGCUGUUUUAAAAGUCUCUGUUACUGGCUUGCAAGUGAAUGGACAGGAAAUGCCCUCAACGAGUAAUGGUGAAAGCAGUAAACAGGAGACCAUGCAGAAGACCUGUAAGAACAGUGACAUUGAAAAAAUUACAGAAGACUCUGCAGUGACAACAUUUGAAGCGUUAAAGGCUCGUGUCCGUGAGUUAGAAAGGCAGCUUUCCCGUGGGGACCGCUAUAAAUGUCUCAUUUGCAUGGACUCCUACACAAUGCCCUUGACUUCCAUUCAGUGCUGGCAUGUGCACUGUGAAGAAUGCUGGCUGCGGACUCUGGGUGCCAAGAAGCUCUGUCCCCAGUGUAACACCAUCACGUCUCCCGGAGACCUUCGGCGCAUCUACUUAUGAAGGACCCAGCGGGAGGGCGGGACCCAGCUACUCGGCUCAGCUCAUCACACCAAGGGGAAGAAGAACGACAGCAACAAAAAAAAGACGUUUUAAAAUUUAAAGGAGAAACAAACCAGAGACUCCAGACAUGGACUCAAGGAUACAGGAGCAGUGGGGAGCCUCGGCUCCCAGGUCCCGCAUGUUGAGACCUCCUUCAGCAUCUGCAGCGGGCAAAACCAAACCCUUUGUUGUGAAGUCCCCUUUUUUAAAACCAGUAUUCCCCAUCCACCUGUUCCCUGGAGCUGGCUUUACAUCGCGGAUGGCUCAUGAGCCCUCCUUUGGACUGUGUUGUUGACCACUCUGCCCCCAGGAGACUGGGGAAGGGACCCUUGACAGAAAGAUGUUAAAUAACCUGUAACUUGUGUUCUUUGUUCAGUUUUUUUGUUUUGUUUUUAUUUUGGUUUGGUUUUUGGUUUGGUUCUGUUUCGGUUUUUUGUGGUGUUCUAGUGAUAAAAAAAAGGUUUAAAGAAAAAAAAAACACACCCAGGCAGAAAUGAAGCACAUGUAAUAUAGAUUAUAUAUGUUUACAAUGUUGUGUAUAAAUGGGAUAGACUCAAACAUUACAUACUAAUAAGUUUCCCUUUCUUUUUUUUGGGUUGUAUUUUUUUUAAAGAAGAAAAAAAUGAACAGAGAACAUUAAACCCAUAUUUUUCUUGGUUCAGCAAAGUUUUGGCAUUAAAGUCAUUAGUUUAAAAAAAGUAUAUAUAUACAUAUAUAUAAUAUAAAUGGUUUAAUGUUCUGUGGUGUAUAUUUCCUCAUUCAGAUAUGAAGUUAACAGCUUUUAGUAAUGGCUGUAGCAUUGCCCAUAACUUACAGAACUUAUGGGGAGUAGAGGAGGUGGAUUUUUGUCAUUAGUUGUAGCUAAUGGGGCUAUUUAUAAUAGAAUCGUUAUCCCCGGAAAGACACGGCUUUUAACUCCUCGCCGGGGGACCGGGCAGGGCGGGGGGAUCUGGCUCAGCCCCCUUUGCCUUUCCCAGCUGGGGAAGGGGCAAACGGUGCGGAGCUGGAGGGAGGCAGCCUGCCAGGGCCCUGCCCUCUCGCCCGGCCAGGAGUGCCUGCUCGAGGGUCCGGCUGAGCCCCUCCUGCCUCCUCCAAGACCACAGCCCCUUCCCCUCCCCUGCCUGGAUUUGCUUUCCUCCCCUCUGGCAGCGUUCACUGGCUGAGGAUGCCCGAGCUGCUGCCAGUGCCCACUGCUGAGGCAGGACAGCAGGGACAUGGAGGGCACGGGGAGGGGUGGCAGGGGACAGGGUGGCCCUGUUGUGGUGGCUUUGCCUGGAGAGGCUCGGCCAGUUCCCUCGCUGGCUGCAGCGGGCCCCGGCGCUGCCCGGCAGACACACAAGCCCUGCAGAGCCAGCCCUGCCCAGCUCCCGCUCACCCGGAGCCUGCGUUUGGCAAAAGAGGUUUUGGUGCUAGGGCAGAGAGCCAGGCCAGCCCUGCCUGGUCCCCGUGGCCACCUCCAGGGCUUGACUGCAGGCUGUGGCAAGCAGAGAGGCUUCCAGUCAGAGCCAGAGGUUCCCGGCAGCCCCAGCUUCUUCCACGCAGUCCUUCAUGCUUGUCCCUCUCUUCCAUAUCCUCAGCCUUAACCAAAGCUGCCAUCCAGCCUGUUAUUUUGUUGAUUUUUUUUUUUUUAUUUUCAGGACCCAAGAAACAGAUACUGAUCCAUUUCCCAAGGCAAACACACGCCCCAUGUGCUGACUUCUCCCAGCCCCACGCAGGGCAGCCCUGUCUCGGCUCCCCGGGCAGGCGCAGGGUGCCAGCUCCCCAAAACCAGAAGACAGAGAUGGGGAAGCUCAUCUCCCCCUGCUCCUGAAGGGUCUUUCCAAGCAGAUCCCACUUGGCAGCACAACAUGGCAGGUGCAUUUUAAGAUAGUCUGGAAACAACAGUGGACGAGGGGUUUGGAGCUGGGACCCUGGUGCCACUGGGCUACCAGGGUGAUCCUGGAGAGGGAAGGGCUGGGGAGGUAGGAGGCCUUGGGGUCACUGUCCCUUUGCCACUGCUCUGCCCUGAGCAUGAUGCUGUUUUGCAGGGGGCAGCUGCUGUCCUUGACAUCUCCUGAGUGAUCUCAGAAGGAUCCCACUGCACAAGAAAAAAAAAAAAAAAAUAAGAGUUGUAUUUUAUGUAUUUUAUAAGCAUCUUGGCAAAAAAUGACAAUUCUUAAUUGAGAGUUUCCCAGGUCGCCAAGCUUGUAGCAGUGUGGUGGCCUUUGAGACCAAGAGAGCUGCAGCUUCCCCUGCUCAGGGGCACAACCCUGCAGAGCUCCUGGGGACCAGAGGAGGCCGAGGCACUUCCAGAGGGUCCUGCCUCCCCGGGCGGGGGGAGAUGCGGGCAGGGGAAGGGGCCACAGCAGUGGGCUGUCACUGCUGGGUAAACCUCCCGCCAGCACCACUCAGGCAGGGAAAGGGCAGACAUGCAGAACUUGGGUCUGGGUUUGUAAGUGGGGGGGCGCAUGGCUGGGCUAUGAGCAACACCCAGCCGGGGCUGCGGUGCCUGGGUGCCAGUGCUGAGGUCUCGGAGACGGAUUUGGAGAGGGUACAGUGUGUGGGUGUGAGAGGCAGCAGGAAGGGGGAAGAGGGCAGGACACCCCCACUCCAGCCCUUCCUUGGAAAUAGGCCCUGGGAGGGAGCCAGGCUUUUUGGCAGGUGUUGUGGACCAGCCAUGUGCUCUAUGUACGUAUGUGUAAAACCACAUGUUAACUAGUCAUUGGUUCUUUGUUUUGGGGUUUUAUUUUUUGUUUAUUUUUUUGUUUUAAUUGUAAAGCCAUCCCCUGUUUUCAAGGGGGGGGGGCUGCAGGGGGAAGGCUGGGGAGAGAGGUAUCCCGGUUUGUAACAGGCAUCCGCUGCUUCCCCUCUUCUGUAAUGAAUUUAAAUGAUUUUAAAAAAAAAAAAAAAUAAUGAAAUAUCGGAAUUAACCUAUCUUUGCCCAAAGAAUCCCAGUUGCACAAAGCGAUAUUCUGGUGUGUCGAUGAUUGUGUGUCAGUGUAUAUUAUACAAAGAGGUACUUGUCACUCCCGUUUGUAAACUACAUUUGACAUUAAUUAAACAAGUAUAAAUCUUC